AUGACUAUUAAUUCUUCCUUAUUAUCAUCAAUUGAUUAUUCAAGUCAAUCAAUAAAUAAAAAUGAAACGAUAGAAAAAGCUGAACUCAUUGAUGAAAAUUCUUUAUCAGAAUUGCCCAAUGAUCAAUCUUUAUUUGGUUUAAUAUUUAAUUAUUUAUUUCAUUUUCAUUGGAUUAAACAAUUCUUAAAUGAAGAGCAACAUAUUCUUGAAUAUUCACUUGAAUAUGGAUUUUUACGUUUACCACCUCAAACUAGACAAAAGACUUAA